CCUCUCACAAGAACUUCGCAUAAACUCCUCCGUUUCGUCUUCAACAAAAUCCAAUCCCCAACCAAAUCGGUUGGAAAAAGUGAAACUCUGCCAUCGCCGCCGCCUCCGAUCUCGCCUCUAUUUAAACGCGCCACCGCUCCCCGUAAAAAUCCCCAUCUCCCGCCGGAAAAUGCCUCCCAAUCCCCCAAAACCCUCCACCGCCUCCCACCGCAUAACCCACUUCCCCGCCGCCGCCGCCCCGGAUUUCUUCAAGCGCCCGGUUUCUUCACGCGCCUCCACGGUCCCCGACGCGGUGGCGCGUUACCACAACCACGCCGUCGGCUCGAACCAGUGCUACUCCGCCGUCGUCCAGGAGAUCGGCGCCCCGGUAUCCACCGUCUGGUCCGUCGUCCGGCGCUUCGACAACCCGCAAGCGUAUAAGCACUUCGUCAAGAGCUGCCACGUCGUCGUCGGCGACGGCGCCGUCGGUAGCCUCCGGGAAGUCCGCGUCAUUUCCGGCCUACCGGCUGCCAACAGCACCGAGCGGCUCGAGAUUCUCGACGACGAACGCCAUAUUAUUAGCUUCAGUGUGGUUGGCGGCGAACAUCGGCUUUCGAACUACCGGUCCGUCACCACGCUCCAUCCCGCCGGCGCCGGAACCGUCGUGGUAGAAUCUUACGUCGUCGAUAUUCCGCCGGGGAACACCGAGGAGGACACGUGCGUGUUCGUCGACACCAUCGUCCGAUGCAACCUUCAGUCGCUGACUCAGAUCGCCGAGAACUUUGCCGGCGUCCGAGACCGGGCGUCGCCGCCGUGAGCGAUUCGAAAUGGCCGCAUUUUCUUUUUUCUUUUUUUUUUUUUUUGUUUGGGUAGCUGGAUACAGAAUGCGUGAGGUCGUUUGUUUAAAGCCGAAUUAAAAAAAUAAUGUUUGAGUAUUCUUAUAUCAAGUAAUUGCUUGUAUUAUGAUUUAUGAAUCAAUUUUUUCUUCAAUUA